AUAGACAAAAUCAAAAAGUUUUGUGUAAUUGGUACCAACCCUGCUGCCAAAAAAAUUUAAAUUUUCCCUGUGCUGCCAAAAUAUUUACUGCCAUUGAUGAUCUCUUUUAACGAUCUAAGUUCAGUGAAUACAACUAAAAUAAUCAUCAAUCAUGCUAUCUAAGUUAAAGUAUAGAUAUCUUAUAAUAUUGUUGCUUUCAAUUGAUAGUAUUUACUCUUUAGAGAUUGAAAAUAGCUUAGGAGCAGCAAUUGAAGUAGUUCAUAAUUCAUCAUUAGAUAAAAGAGGAUUCCAUGAGGAAUCACCAUUAUUUCAAUACAUUGAAGAUGAUAGUUUAUCAGAAUACUUCAAAUCACCUCCUUACUAUCCAUCUCGUUCGUUUUACCCUUUCAUUUGAUAUAUUGAUUGAUUGAUUGAAGAGUUUUACCGCUUGAGUCUAAUCCUUUUUUGAUAAUCAGUUUUUACUAACAAAAUUUC